AUGAUCGACCGCCACACUCCGCUCGAAUGCCUAUCGCCUCCGCUCGUCGACACGCUCCCGGAACAAUGUCAACAACUGAAGCGCGGGUUCCGCGACUGUAAGCGAGGAAUGAUCGAUAUGAGGAAACGGUUUCGUGGCAACGCGCCCAUCUCGACAAGUGUGGAGCUCGAGGGCUCCGGAAAGAGAGCUGGCCAGCUGUACGGCGGGAAGCCGGCGUUCGAUGUCGUGGAAGGUAUGAAAAAGGAGCAGAGGGGCGAGGUGGAAGGACUGGGGUUCGACGAGAGCAAGACGAGGGGGUUAUGA